GUGUUCCACCAAAAAUGAAGUCAGCAUCCCAAGUUGAAAAGGGGCCAGUGACACCAAAGCAAGGAAGAAAGAAAGGUGGAAGUCCAGGCAAUUCAUCCAAGAAAAAAGUCGAGGGAAAAUCGGCAAAUGGGAAAGGUUCAAACAAAAAAUUAAAACGUAAAAGGACGUCCAAGGGUGGCGAUGUUACUGAAAUGACAUCCAAUGCUACACCGAAUACUAGAGAAGGUGGCGAUGAAUCGGACGAAGAUUUUCUGGAGCUGCAGAUCGAUGAGAUGGAGCAGAUGGAGGACAGCCAGACGGCUGCGUCGACAACAUUCGAAUGGCUCAUCGGUCCCGUAAAGCCGCACAAGUUCUUCAAGGAGCUGUGGGAGAGGAAGCCUUUGCUAGUGAAGAGACAUCAGCCAAAGUACUACGAAGGCUGGUUCAGUACGGAUGAGAUGGAUCACAUCCUACGCACGGAAAACAUAAAAUACACGGUGAACCUGGAUGUUGUGUCUUACACGAAUGGGAAGCGGGAGACGCAUAACCCGGAAGGAAGAGCUUAUGCACCUGUAGUGUGGGACUAUUUCCAGAAUGGAUGUUCGCUACGAAUGUUGAACCCGCAAACGUAUUCGAAGAACAUUUGGAGGCUAAACUCGUGCCUGACGGAGUACUUUAGCAGCUUUGUUGGAAUGAAUGUCUAUCUCACACCAGCGGGCACGCAGGGCUUUGCUCCACACUGGGACGACAUUGAUGCAUUUGUUAUGCAGAUCGAGGGGAAAAAACACUGGCGCUUGUACAAUCCCAGAUCUGAAGACGAGAUGUUGCCAAGAUAUUCCAGCCCUAAUUUUACGCAGGAGGAAAUAGGUGAACCGAUUUUAGACGUGGUUUUAGAAGCUGGAGACAUGUUGUACUUUCCAAGAGGAUUCAUUCAUCAGGCUGAUACGAUGGAGGACACUCAUUCCCUUCACGUUACACUGUCAACAUGCCAGAGAAACACGUGGGGUGAUCUACUGGAAAAGCUCGUACCCCAGGCCCUCGAGGCAGCGAUAGCGGAAGAUUCAGCGUUUAGACAGUCUCUACCUCGUGAUUAUAUGAACUACAUGGGUGUUGUGAGUUCUGAGAAGGAUUCCAAGGAACGGAAGGAUUUCUUGGCUAAGGUUCAAGAUUUGAUGGGACGAUUGUUCAAGCAUGCCUCGGUAGAUGGCGCUGCCGACCAGACUGCAAAAAGUGUCAUACAUGAUUCGCUCCCUCCUGUCAUCUCGGACUGUACGUAUCAACUAUGAGCAGGCUCGAACGCUUGUGGAAAUGCUAAUAUUUGUUAUGCUACUGACAAUCUUAUCAGACCUGUAUUCAGUUGGCAA